AUGCCUGUCAGCCUCUCUCGCGCACUCUUCGACCUUGGUCUCGAUGAACACCUUGCUGCAUUCUCCGGCGCUGGAUAUUCUAGCUGGGAGAAAUUGACAACCAUCACUGAGCAAGAAUUAGCCGCGCUCAACAUUCGCCCCGGUAACAGGCGAAAGCUACAAAGGGCCAUUGCGCGAUCAUUAAAUUGGCCAGACAAUCGGCCAUUACCAUCACCAGCUGAGCUUGACCGUUUUCGUCGCAGCUAA